CUCCUCUCAAUUGGCAAGCUCAGACAUUUCAGUAUGGACCCAACACCCAAGUCAAGUUCCUUAAUUGUUCAUCAGGCCAUGAACCAUAAUCACUGCUUCUCCCACUUUUGUCUUAGCCUUAACAAUGUUUAGUGAUUCGAUUUUUGUCUAUUUUACACUUGGAAUUCAAGUUAAAUAGGUGAUUUUGAUUAUUUUCCAACCAAGAGAAAAUCAAUAAACCCCAUAAAAGAAUUACAAAAAUUUACCCUAAAAUUCCAAAGAUAUAGAAAAAAUUUUGCAGAGUAAGGGUCCCACGUAUAGAGAGUAACAGGUAGGUUUGAUUUGAGAGAAAAAAAAAAAAAGAAAGAAACAAGGAGUAGAUCGCCAGACUCAAGAAAACAUAAAGGAUAACACUGUUUCAUAGUUUCUCACGAAAACUCGUCUGUCAUCUCCGCCUCCAUGCGCUUUCUUUUCCCAUUAUAUUCUUCUUCUUCUCUCUUCUCUGACUUCUCUUCCUCUCCUUAUAAUUCCUUCAUUUCCUCAUUGCCACUCCUCUUUUCCUCGUCUCAUUUCUCUCCUUUCCUUUCCAUGGCUCCUGCCUUUGAACAAGACCCUGUCCCACAGGAGGGUGAAACUGGAACGGAAACCGCAACGCCCCAUAACACUAAUACUGGAAACAAUGGUGGUAAUGAUGGUCAAGUUGGGUAUAAAUCAAGGGUUACUGUUGUUGGUAGCGGCAAUUGGGGUAGUGUUGCUGCUAAACUCAUUGCUUCUAACACUCUCAAGCUCAACUCUUUUCAUGAUGAAGUGAGAAUGUGGGUAUUUGAGGAGACAUUGCUAAGUGGUGAGAAGCUUACAGAUGUCAUUAACAGAACUAAUGAGAAUGUUAAAUAUCUCCCAGGUAUCAAGCUUGGUAAAAAUGUCAUUGCGGAUCCAGACAUCCACAAUGCGGUUAAAGAUGCAAACAUGUUGGUUUUUGUGACCCCCCAUCAAUUUAUAGACGGUAUAUGUAAGAGCCUUAUCGGUAAAGUGAGGGGAGAUGCGGAGGCUAUUUCCCUUAUUAAAGGAAUGGACGUCAAGAUGGAAGGCCCUUGUAUGAUCUCCACUCUUAUUUCCGAGCAGCUUGGUAUCAAUUGUUCUGUUCUGAUGUGGGCAAAUAUUGCAAAUGAGAUUGCGGUGGAGAAGUUCAGUGAAGCAACAGUUGGGUACAGAGACAAUAGAGAGAUUGCAGAACAAUGGGUUCAAUUAUUCAAUACCCCUUAUUUCAUGGUCACUCCUUUCCAGGAUGUGGAAGGGGUUGAACUAUGUGGCACUUUGAAGAAUGUUGUGGCCUUAGCGGCUGGUAUGUUGUGCAGUAACAUCUUGUUUUCAUCCUUCUACAUAGCUUGUGAACUAACAGCGAUCCUACUUCCUAAUGUUACAGGUUUUGUUGAUGGACUUGACAUGGGAAACACCACUAAGGCUGCAAUAAUGAGAAUUGGUCUGAAAGAGAUGAGAGCUUUCUCCAAGCUGUUAUUUUCAUCUGUUAGGGAUAGUACCUUCUUUGAAAGCUGUGGAGUUGCUGAUGUCCUCACAACAUGCUUGGGGGGAAGAAACAGAAAAGUUGCUGAGGCAUUUGCUAAGAGUGGAGGAAAAAGAUCAUUUGAUGAACUAGAGGCUGAGAUGAUGCAGGGCCAGAAAUUACAGGGUGUAUCCACGGCCAGAGAGGUCUAUGAAGUUUUAAGCCACCGCGGAUGGCUAGAGUUGUUUCCUCUAUUUGCAACAAUGCACGAGAUCUGUAUUGGUCGUCUUCCACCAUCAGCCAUAGUUGAAUAUAGUGAGAAGAAAUCACGGUUAUCUCUGUCAGAGGAUUCUACCCGUUGCUGUUGACUUAACCAUGGAUAGACUAAAAUAUCUUGCGUUUCAGUUUACAGAAGUACCUUUCUUCAUUUGCUCAUCAUUCAGAAAGUAUAAAAGAGAAAACUUAAACAAAAACAUUGGACAGGUAAUUCAAGCAAAUUGUAGUGCCAAUGACAACAAAAUUGGUUGGAGGGUUGAUAUUCAACAUGGUAGGAAGCUUCUGAGUUACCGCUAGAAGUCUUUUUGACACUUCUUUAAUGAGGUUCCAAAGUCUGGUUUCAACUGGUUGUUCUCUUAAGAUGGAUAAUAAUCAGCGACAGUUUGACAUACCUUAAUGAAAUGCACCGUAUGAAAAAAGUUGAAUAACCUUUCGCUCAUGAAAAUGCCCCUAACCUUCCUCGCUUGGUUUAUGUUACAGCCUGCACCGAUGCACCCUGGAAUGCAUCCCAAUGGGAAACCACUUGUUCUGCUUAAAACAUAAAUCCUGUGAAUAACAUGCAUGAAUUCAUUGCAGCUUUUAUUUGUUCUUUCUCCUCUUUGUAGGAAUGGAACAUAGGACUAAUCUUUUUAUCUUCAUAUCUUGAUAAACUUUUACAGAGAUUUUUCUCAAGGAACUUGCAUAAAACAGGGUCUUGGUUGAAGACUACAAAAUGGGUUAAAUAUAAAAAUGACUUUUGUACUAUACAUUUUUGG